UCAUCAUGUCUGUCGUGUGUUGGUCUCACCGCAAAAUAGCAUUCUUCUCCUUGCUGUUGUGUUUCAGAUAGUACUGACAGCAGCAGAUGGUGAACUUGGCUCCCAUUGGCCUUUUCCAAAAGUGCAACAAUCAAAAUAUAUGCUCCCUGAUAAAAAUCCGAAAACAAUCACGCCUCGUCCCACAGAAUUCCUCUACAAUCCUCGCAAAAUCAAAAUAUGUCCAACCUGAAAUGUCCUCAUUUGCAAGUAUCGAAGAAUAAAAACCCAGGCAAGAUCUUAACUUGCUGUGUCCGUCCUCCUUCCCCAUGUGCCCAGCCUGGCCUGAAUGAGAGCCGUCUGUCAAUUACAUUAUCCACGUGAGUCCAAACAGGGACAACAAAAACAACACACACACACACACACACACACACACAGGACAAGCUCAGGGAUGAAUGGCACAUUUAUUCACCAACUCCUGAUGGUGCAGAGUGCAGCAGGAGAGGCAUAGCUUUCUAGCUCUAUCGCUGCAAAACACAAGCUCAGUGCACAAGCGGGAGUUUAGGUCUGGACUUGUACUAUCAUGUUCUGCCUGCUUUGUAAACAGUCAUGUUUAAACGUUUCUGGAGAAGUGUGAUGAAUGCUGGGGUAAGAUCAAACAUGUAUAAAGAAGAGAGCAGUCGGCCUACUACCUUGUGGUAUCAGCUGUUGUAUCAUUUUAGUGACACUUCAUAAAUGUUAAUACAUAACUGAUUAUUAAUGUUCUCUGCCAUGAUCCCUCGUGUAUUUACGUCUGUGUCAGCCUGUAAAAAUGUUUUGAGAUCCAAGGUCACCUGGCUGAUAAAAAAGAAAAUCCCACUGCUACCGGAAGAGACUGACAUCAGUCUUAGUGCUGCAGGAGCAAGUACAACAGUGAGAGGAGCAGCAACACCACUGAGUGAGGUGAAGUCAAAGUGAGACCGAGCAACAUGGAGAAAACCACACGGACACUUGGUCUGUUCCUGAUGAUUUUAAGCAUCGCUUCAGAGACUUCUGACAGUUUAGUGGAGGCUUUGGAAUCAACACAGAGUUAUGACUACACCAAAUAUCACCCUAUGGAUGAGAUUUACAGGUGGAUGGAAGAUGUGGAGCGAGGGAACCCAGAGCUGGUCUCCUCUGCUGUCUACGGACACACUUAUGAGGGAAGAAACAUCACCCUGCUGAAGUUUGGACUAGAAAACCCAGAGGGCAGAGAGAAGAAGGUUAUAUGGGUGGACUGUGGUAUCCAUGCCCGAGAGUGGAUCGCUCCUGCCUUCUGCCAGUGGUUUGUCAAAGAGAUUGUGCACUCCUAUAAAGCCAAUAAGAAGCUGGAGCAGAUGCUGCAGAACCUUGACGUCUACGUUACUCCUGUGAUCAAUGUGGACGGAUACAUAUUCACCAGGGCCAAUGACAGCACUCGUCUGUGGAGGAAGUCUCGUUCGACCCCUCCUCCAGGCAGCAGCUGUCAUGGUGUUGACCUCAACAGAAAUUUUAAUGCCAACUGGGGCACGGUUGGAGUGUCGUUUGACAGUUGUGCAAACACCUACUGUGGGAAAUCAGCAGGGUCAGAGCCAGAGGCUAAAGCUGUGAUGGACUUUGUUGGUAGUAUGAUUAACCGGACUCUGUGUUUCCUCACCAUCCACUCUGCUGGGCAACUUAUACUCUUGCCAUACGGCCACCCUGAGAUCUCUGCACCCAACUAUGAUGAACUGGUUUCAGUCGGUGAGGCAGCAGCAGCAGAGAUGAAGAAGUUACAUGGAAUGGGCUACACUGUAGGAACAUCUCCACAAAUCCUCUAUCCAAACUCAGGCUCAAGCCCCGACUGGGCUCGCCUCGUUGGCAUCCCGUUCUCUUACACCUUUGAGCUGAGAGACAAAGGUGAGUUCAGCCACUUGCUGCCAGAAGAGCAGAUCCAGCCGGCCUGCGAGGAGGCCUACGCAGGAGCCCUCUCCAUCAUCUCACAUGUUCACGACAAGACCUUCAACAGCGGGACCCUCCCCAACGCUGCUGUUUCUGGGGUCGCUAUGUUGAUUUUAAGCACUAUCAUAUCCGUGUUUCUUACCACAGGGGUCUUUGUGUAAGACGGUGAAACUGUCAACGAUGCAAGGUUGUUGUUUGCAAGGAUAUACUGGACAGGUCUGUAAUCUAUUGUAGACCUGUAGUCCUUCUGACUGAGGCAUUUACCCAAAUUCUAUUAUUUGUACUCACUAAUGACAUAUAAUAAACUUGAUAAUCAAA